AGAGCGACUUCCCCAAUCCAUCAUCCCGUCUCCGUCCUCGCCCGCCGCCGCCGCCGCCGCCGAUCUCCAUCCUGCGAGGUGGCGCCGGCUUCCGCCGCAUCAUCGCUCACCGUUGAGCAUCCUAAUCCAUCCCAUCCGCCCUCCUCGCCCGCCGCUUCCGCCGAUCCCCAUCCUAGCCAUCACCAUCACGCACGCCACGCCAUCCGCCUCCAUCCCUCGCCGCCGCCGUGCACCACCGCCGUCAUCCGCCUCUUCCUCUUCUUCUUGCUCCACAAGUAAUCUCAUCUCCCUCGAUCUCCUCUUCUCUCCAUUUCUCUCCGUGUAGAGAAAGGAGGUGGAGACAGGGGUUGGGGAACACCGCCGCGUAGAUAAGGCCCUUCUUCCAUUCGGUUCUAUCACAGAGAUGAUGGCUGUGACAAAUGGAGUAAUCCAUGCAUCUUCUAGGGAACCCUUAUUUUCCUUCGGUGUCAUUGCUGAUGUCCAGUACGCUGAUAUUCCAGAUGGUCGCUCAUUCCUUGGUGUCCCACGCUACUACCGUCAUAGCAUCAGCGUCCUCCAAAGGGCUGUCAGCACAUGGAACAAACAACACAACAUCAAGUUUUCAAUCAACUUUGGUGACAUCAUUGAUGGAUAUUGCCCAAAGGACAAAUCGUUGUGGGCAGUGCAGAAGGUCCUUGAUGAGUUUGAGAAAUUUGAUGGCCCAACUUACCACAUGUUUGGGAACCAUUGCCUCUAUAACCUUCCUCGUGGCAAGCUAGUAUCGUUGCUGAAGAUGCCAACCGAUUCUGAUCGUGCAUACUAUGACUUCUCUCCAUGUCCCGAGUACAGAUUUGUUGUCCUGGACGCUUAUGACUUCAGUGCACUUGGCUGGCCCCGUGACCAUCCAGUGACUGCCGAAGCAAUGAAGUUCCUGGAAGAAAAGAACCCAAACUCUGACAAGAACAGCCCUGACGGUCUGGUUGGCGUUGACCGGCGGUUUGUGAUGUUUAAUGGUGGAGUUGGUAAAGAGCAGUUGUCAUGGCUCAAUGAUGUCCUCCAGGAUGCAUCAGCACGCCGGCAAAAUGUCAUCCUAUGCAGUCAUCUCCCAAUGGAUCCUGGCUCAGCUUCUUUUGCAGCUCUCAUGUGGAACUACGAUGAGGUGAUGGCUAUUGUUCGCCAGUACAAAUGUGUUAAGGCAUGCUUUGCCGGGCACGACCACAAGGGAGGUCACUCUGUGGACUCGCAUGGCGUACAUCACCGGACUCUUGAGGCUGCAUUGGAGUGUCCUCCUGGUACUAGUGCAUUCGGGCACAUCGAAGUGUAUCCAGACAAGUUGUUGCUUGUGGGUUCUGAUAAAAUGGCUGAUACUGAGAUGUGUUUUGAGCCCUAGAGUGAACUGUGUAGCGGAGGGAAAUUCAUCCAACUUCAUUGUUUUGAUUAAUAUUCAGAAACAUGUGACUUCAUUAUACUCAUUUUCUGGCAGCAUAAUUACAUGUAUGUAAUAGCAUGGAAACUGGAGGUGGCAGCAGCUGCUAUGCUUGCCGCUUAAUCUCCCCUCCUCUCUCCCAAGAGGAAAGAGGCAGCAAGAUGAAAAGCAACCGAAAGGUAAAUAAAGUAGGAUAACUUUUUCCA